UGAGCAGUCAUGAAGGUAUUACUAUAAGCAGCUUCUCCCACGGGCCAAGUUUCCCAUCUCCAAAUCCAAAACCUGCCUCUUAGGAAAAAGCAGAGAAACUCACACACACAAUAAAUAAACAAACCAACUUAUCCUCCUUCUUCUCACUCUCUGGAUUCGAUUCAAAAGAAAAAGCUUAUCCUCUGUCACUCAUCUUCUUCUGCCAAAACCAAUGCCACCACCCAUUCUCUAGUUUCUAACACACUCUAUUUCAACAACCAUGUCACUAUACGACGCCGCUUUCGUCGACACAGAGCUCUCCAAACGCACUUCCAUCUUCGGCCUCCGCCUCUGGGUCGUCAUCGGCAUCCUCGUCGGAUCCCUCAUCGUCAUCACCCUCUUCCUCCUCUCCCUCUGCCUCACCUCCCGCCGCCGCCACCACCACCACCAUCACAAGAACCCCCGCCCCCGCCACCCCUCCACCACCCUCCCCACUCCCCCAAUCUCCAAAGAAAUCCUCGAGAUCGUCCACGUCCCCCCGCCCCCCGACACCGUCCACCUCCCCCCUCCGCCGCCGACAAAACCCGACCACCCUCGCUCCGCGGCGACGGCGGCGCUGUACUCGAGCGGGGAGAGCAGAGCAACCGCGAGUGCGUGCGAAACGGCGUCGUCGCUUGGAAGCGUGGGCCCCGAAGUGUCGCAUCUCGGGUGGGGGAGGUGGUACACGCUCCGAGAACUCGAAGCCGCCACUAAUGGGUUGUGCGAAGAGAACGUCAUCGGCGAAGGUGGCUACGGAAUCGUGUACCGUGGCUUGUUUCCCGAUGGCACCAAGGUUGCUGUUAAGAACCUUUUGAAUAACAAGGGCCAAGCUGAGAGAGAAUUUAAAGUUGAGGUAGAAGCAAUUGGUCGUGUGCGGCACAAGAAUCUUGUUAGGUUGCUUGGAUACUGUGUUGAGGGGGCAUACAGGAUGCUUGUGUAUGAAUAUGUUGACAAUGGGAAUCUAGAACAGUGGCUGCAUGGGGAUGUUGGACCUGUAAGUCCAAUGACAUGGGAUAUCCGAAUGAACAUUAUAUUGGGCACGGCAAAAGGAUUGGCUUAUCUUCAUGAAGGUCUUGAACCAAAAGUUGUCCACCGAGAUGUGAAAUCAAGCAACAUACUCAUUGAUCGCCAGUGGAACCCAAAGGUUUCUGAUUUUGGGCUUGCUAAGCUUUUGUCAGCGGAUCAUAGUUAUGUCACUACUCGAGUGAUGGGGACAUUUGGUUAUGUUGCACCAGAGUACGCGUGCACUGGAAUGCUGACUGAAAAGAGUGAUGUGUAUAGUUUCGGGAUACUUAUCAUGGAAUUAAUUACUGGAAGAAGUCCUGUGGAUUAUAGUAAACCACAAGGAGAGGUUAAUUUAAUAGAGUGGUUGAAAAGUAUGGUUGGGAAUCGAAAAUCUGAGGAAGUAGUUGAUCCUAAGAUUGCUGAAAAGCCAUCUUCAAAGGCUCUUAAACGGGCUUUGUUGGUUGCUCUUCGAUGUGUCGACCCUGAUGCAGCAAAGAGGCCUAAAAUAGGACAUGUGAUCCACAUGCUCGAGGCUGAGGACCUCUUAUUCCGUGAUGAUCGAAGGACUGGAGGAGAAUCCUCCCGUUCCCAUCGCGAUUAUCAACUAGAGCAUAAGGACUCAAAAUUAGAUAAAAGGCAGAUAGGUGGAGAGAUCACUGAUCAAAGUGAAGAUGACAGUACUACUAGUAGUAGACUGCACCCUCAACCCCAUAGAUCGAGAUAACUGUAGUAUGAUAACUGAAAAGCAAUGUGUCAUAUUAUCUUUCUUCCUAGUAGUUUGCCAAUAUUUAUUUUUACUUGAAUGAUGAAAGAAGCAAUUAGUUUUCCCUCUCAUUUGCAUAAUGUCUUCAGUUGUAACCUACCUCAAUUUGGGAUUCUUUUGUAUACUCUGAUUCAUUACUAUAAAAUUCAAAAUUAUUUGUGUUUCUCUUUA